AUGGAGGCUGUCAACGAAGAAGAUGAUGGAGGUGGAGUUGGCAAGACUGAGCCCAUUUCCCCGGUGCCAAUGCAAGAGGAUGGACUUCACGCGGGGGACAUGAUGGCGGAAGCCACGCGGACCAGGAAACGAGAACGUGAUCGACUUCGACGUGGCGAUGGUGGGGGAGAAAUAAAGGAAGAACCCGAUAUAGAGAGCCCCACGAAACGUGCUCAUGAGCGACAUGAUGAUGAUGAAGCCCCGCUUAGUGGCAAAGAGUUGAGGGACUUGUUCGCGCAGCACCUCCUUUCGGUGAAACAGGAGCUUCAGUCGGCAUGGGGAGAUGUUCGUGGGCGCCUUGAUCGUGUCGAACAUGAAGGGGUGAGUACCAAAGAGCAAGUGGCACUGCUCAGUGGGAGAGUUUCAGUCAAUGAAAAGGACAACGUCGUGCAACAACAGGAACUUGCUAGGCAAAAAGGGCAGAUUGGUGACCUUGAGACGGAGGUGGAAGGGCUCAAGAAGCAGAUGGCCGAGAUAAAGGUGCAGCCGCCGACGACAGGGCAGACAUCCUUUCUCUUGCCGGGACAACGUCCAGAUGAGGCCCCGGAUCCAUGGGCGGUCUAUCUUCACCAGCGGCGGAGGGCAGAGAGUGUACAACCACGUCCUGAUCAACAGACUGGAGGGGAAAAUCGAGGGCGACAUGUACCUGGACGAGUGGGCGACAAUGAUCAAUCAGGCCUGUCUGAUGAAGAUCGGCGAACACUCAUUAUUGGUGGGUGGUUGCAGGACACCAAGAGGGAGAUCAUUGAGUCGGAAGCAGCAUCUUUGUUGGCCUCGGCCGACCUCAAGCCGUUCUUGGACAGUGACAAGGUGAUCGUGUUUGGACCAAGGAAAAGCUUUGCGGUCAUCAAGUUCAAGGAGAGGGAGGGGGAGAACUUUUCUCACGUCAAGGAGAGGAUGUGGGGAGUCAUUAAGUAUGUCAAUGCCCUUAAGCACAAAUGGCUCAGCGCAUCAUCUCCUCAGCAAAAGCCGGCUUGGAUCUCCUUCCUGAAGUCCAAGGGGGCGAGACAGAGAACAGCGCAUGCCUCAAUGCUUCGGCGCAUAGCCAUUGACCUUGCGAGUGAUGCCAAGACCGAAGAAGGCACCCCCAAAUGCCCGGACGCAAUCCUGCCUGAGAACUACGACGUCGAUUGGGCAGCAGGGACAACGUGGAAGGCACAAUGGAAAUUGGGGAGCUCCAGUCAUCGUCAGCCCAGGGGAGACGAGAUCAAGGUGAUGCCUGGUGGCUGGGUGGACAUUGCAGCACUGUGCCAAGCAACUGGGGCGAACACCUCCGAAGUCAUGUCGACUUUGGAGCGACAACCUCUGGAAAAAGUGAACAACGCUUGUCCUGAGGGAGACCUUUUCUUUGUGCAAGAAGUGUCGAGGAGAGCUCCGGGAUGGCAAACUCAUGGUGACGAUGAUCGCUGCGUGUGGAUCUCCUUUCAACAUCCUGAUCAAUGGAGAGGGACGGCAAUUGGCAUAGCGAAUGACAUCUUUGAUUCGGUGGUGGAACGCAGAUCAAGUAAACGAGGAUGUGCUGUAGUUGCUCGUCUACGCAACUUCGGCCGUAUCAUUCUUGCCUCUGUCCAUGCUCCGACUGGUGUUAGCAAUGAUAUCUAUAGUGCUGCUCUUCAAGAAGUGGGAAAGAUGUUUGGAGACAAAUGGAGGCACCUUCCUUGCAUUCUCGGUAUUGAUGUCAAUGAGGAGAUCCAUUGGAGGGAGGAUGGAGAGGCCAGCAUGGGGGCGGAUGUUUGUGUCGGAAACUCCAACUUUCAAGCAAUGACGGACAACCUCCUGCACCAUGGUCUUCGUGUUGUUCCCCCUGGUCGUGACCAAUGGCAGCAACCAACACACUUUCCACGUGAUUGCACAAGACAGGGGCGUCAGAUUGAUUUGGUACUUGUCAGGCACGUCUGUAUUGAGACCACGCAGAUUGAUGCAGAACGGAGACAUGCCAUUGGUACAGAUCAUGCUCUACUCAAAAACACCAUCUCGCUUCGCUGUCGCACCAACAAGGUGUGGAGCCCUGACUCUCGACCGCGGUGGUUAUGUCGUGAACUUCCUCGGGAAGAGAUCCUUGUUGAUUGGGAUGAUGUUCGCAAGCUCGCGAAGUCCCACACCAAGGCUCGUGUCUCUGACAAGUACCGAGAUGAUCAAACCACAGCUGAUGCUUUCAGAGAUGCCAAGGAUUCUAUGCAGCCUGAGGCCUGGAAAAGAGCACACAAGAUGAGACGCCAGGCGAGGCGGCAGUGGUGUGCUUCUCGUCGUGAACGCAUUCUGAAGGGAGACUGGUUUGCUUAUCGUGAUCAUAAACGUGACAAGAAUCGAAGACCUGGCUGGUGGGGGAGACUUCUUGAACAGAGGACGUCCAAAGAAAUCACUGAUGAGGUCCAGCAGCACCUUGAGGAGAAACUAAAGGGCCCUUCGUCUGUCGAGUGGGAUCAACGACUUCAUUGCCUUCUGGGAGAAUUGCCAGAUGAUGCUGGUUGGCAACCCUUCAAUUGGGAGGACAUUGGGGCGGCUCUUUCUGAAAUGCGUGCCAACUCGUCGGUUGGUGAAGAUGGUAUUGGGGUUGAUCUCCUUCGUCAUGUUCAUCAACAUGAGCAGCUUGGAAGUCAGCUGGUUGACCUUAUUAAUGACACGGUGAAGGCGACGCACUGUCCCACUAGUUGGGACACCAGCCUCCUCGCUUUGUUAGCCAAAGUUGACGUUCCGACACGCCCCAAGGACUUACGUCCUAUCAGUAUGAGCUCCGCUGCCCAGAAAUGCAUCAACAAGUUGGUCAUGGGGCGUGUUUUUCCUUGUCUUCGUCGCCCGAGUGGUGCCUCGUGUUGUGGUCGCACGAGACAGUCUGCUGAUCUCAUUGGUGGCAUCACACGCUUACGAGAUAUCACGCGCGAGUGGAAGCUUCCCAUGGUCUGCGCCAAAUUGGACGUCAAAGGUGCCUUCGAUCGGGUUCGGCGUGAUGCUGCUGCCCGUCUUCUUAUUGACCGCACUAGGAACUAUGCACUCAACGCUGAAGUCCGAUGGCUGGUUCGUCAACUUGGGACGAAUUUCCUGGAUGGGUCUGUGCCUGGGGGAACGCGCAUUCAAGUUGAGUGCACCCAAGGCAUCAAACAAGGUGCCCCGGAAUCUGCAGAGCUAUUUGGCCUCCUCAUGGGCUGCCAGAUAGACAACAUGCUUGACUCGCCUCAGUGGAUUAGGAUUCCUGUGCCUUGGGGAGACGUUCCGUUGUGCUUGCUCUUUUACCAGGAUGAUGUCUUCGUCUGGGAUGAGCAUAUCCACUCUCUCAAGAAACGCAUUGAGUUGGUGGCACAGGUGUUGGGGGAAUUGGGCCUUGAACUUGCCGAAGAGAAAACCCAGAUCAUCGCGUCCCCCCAUUACACUGGCAACAGAUCUAUCUGGAUUGGUGACCAGAACGUCAGCGUGCUCCCUCCUGAGGAAACGAUCCGUGUUGUUGGGGUCAACUUCUCCUUUCAUGAUUCCCCUGGUAGUCAAGCCAAAGAUCUUCUUGCAAGAGCUCGUGCUGCAGCUGCCCUUCAUUCUGACCUUCUUGGGGAGAAAGCAAGCUGGUGUGACAAGGCCAAACUCAUGCAAACCCUUGUCUUCGGGACGAUUGCCUGGAGUGCUGGGGCGGUUCAUUGGACUUCUCUUGAGCUCAUGAUGGCGAAUAAGAUACAGUAUGAAACCUUGCUGAUGAAAACUGGGUUGGGUGGAAUCAGAGAACGUGUAGACAAGUGA